AUGACCGCAUACAUCGAAUACGGGCUGAGUCGACUGUUCGCCAGCGCAAAAGGGCGCGACGCACGCCUCUUCACCAAAGGCCCUGGAUUUUCCAAACUUCCCAAGCCCACCAUCGAACUUGCAUCUGACACAGCGUCUGGAUCGCAAUUGCACGUGGACCAGUCGGCAGAAGGGGCCGGUCAGUUUCCAUCGCUCAGCUGGCCCGCUGCAUCCCCCGACACCAAAGAGUUCCUGAUUGUUAGCGAGGAUCCCGAUGCGCCUUUGCCAAGUCCGAUCAUUCAUGGUAUCUACUAUGGUAUCCCAGCCACCACUACCGCUGUCACGAAUGCGGACUUCGAGGCUGCGGGCGAGUAUGCGUUGAAAGGCGGGUUCCGAUAUGGCAAGAAUCGGCGUGGGAAUAUCUACGUCCCGCCUCGACCCUUGCUUGGGCAUGGCGAGCACAGGUAUUUCUUCACUUUGGUCGCGCUCAGUGCGCCUAUUGAUUGGAGAAAAUUGAGUGAUCUGCCAACAAUACAAGAGAUUGCGCAGGCCAUUGAGGGUAAUGUGGUUGGGUGGGGGGAAUGGGUGGGUGUGUUUGAGCGCAAGUGGGAUUGA